AAACUGUAUCACACCAUAUGCCACUCAACAAUAACCUAGAUAUAUGUAUGUAAAGCAGCGUUGUCCACGGCCUAUGCGCACAAUAGCGCACGGACAGUGCCAGACACCUCACACCAACAUGUCGCGACAAGUGUCUGUGAAAGCACGAUUGUGCUACUGUAUUCAACUUCGUAGGCAAGCAAAGAAGAAUUUUGCGAUCAGUUGACGCUAGAAUAACCAACACAAGCAUACUUACUAUCGCCUUCCGACAGUGUCGCUCAAAUAUUCUAGGUUUCAGUACCACUUAAAAAAGUUACAAACAAACAUACAUACAGUACUUGUCCAAUAAAUUACGAACGAGAGCAAAAAAACAAAAAUAUAUAUAACGGGUGAUUUUUUUGAGGUUAGGAUUUUCAUGCAUUAGUAUUUGACAGAUCACGUGGGAUUUCAGACAUGGUGUCAAAGAGAAAGAUGCUCAGUAUGCUUUGACAUUUCAUCAUGAAUAGACUUACUAACGAGCAACGCUUGCAAAUCAUUGAAUUUUAUUACCAAAAUCAGUGUUCGGUUCGAAAUGUGUUUCGCGCUUUACGUCCGAUUUAUGGUCUACAUAAUCGACCAAGUGAGCAAACAAUUAAUGCGAUUGUGACCAAGUUUCGCACUCAGUUUACUUUAUUGGACAUUAAACCAACCACACGAAUGCGUACAGUGCGUACAGAAGAGAAUAUUGCGUCUGUUUCUGAGAGUGUGGCUGAAGACCGUGAAAUGUCGAUUCGUCGCCGUUCGCAGCAAUUGGGUUUGUGUUAUUCGACCACAUGGAAGAUUUUACGCAAAGAUCUUGGUGUAAAACCGUAUAAAAUACAGCUCGUGCAAGAACUGAAGCCGAACGAUCUGCCACAACGUCGAAUUUUCAGUGAAUGGGCCCUAAAAAAGUUGGCAGAAAAUCCGCUUUUUUAUCGACAAAUUUUGUUCAGCGAUGAGGCUCAUUUCUGGUUGAAUGGCUACGUAAAUAAGCAAAAUUGCCGCAUUUGGGGUGAAGAGCAACCAGAAGCCGUUCAAGAACUGCCCAUGCAUCCCGAAAAAUGCACUGUUUGGUGUGGUUUGUACGCUGGUGGAAUCAUUGGACCGUAUUUUUUCAAAGAUGCUGUUGGACGCAACGUUACGGUGAAUGGCGAUCGCUAUCGUUCGAUGCUAACAAACUUUUUGUUGCCAAAAAUGGAAGAACUGAACUUGGUUGACAUGUGGUUUCAACAAGAUGGCGCUACAUGCCACACAGCUCGCGAUUCUAUGGCCAUUUUGAGGGAAAACUUCGGACAACAAUUCAUCUCAAGAAAUGGACCCGUAAGUUGGCCACCAAGAUGAUGCGAUUUAACGCCUUUAGACUAUUUUUUGUGGGGCUACGUCAAGUCUAAAGUCUACAGAAAUAAGCCAGCAACUAUUCCAGCUUUGGAAGACAACAUUUCCGAAGAAAUUCGGGCUAUUCCGGCCGAAAUGCUCGAAAAAGUUGCCCAAAAUUGGACUUUCCGAAUGGACCACCUAAGACGCAGCCGCGGUCAACAUUUAAAUGAAAUUAUCUUCAAAAAGUAAAUGUCAUGAACCAAUCUAACGUUUCAAAUAAAGAACCGAUGAGAUUUUGCAAAUUUUAUGCGUUUUUUUUUUUUUUAAAAGUUAUCAAGCUCUUAAAAAAUCACCCUUUACA